AGUAUUAAAAAAAAACUUAUGGUCCUUUGUUAUUUGGAACACAUUAAUAGUGUGAGAGCAACCACGAAAUAUUUUGAAAUCAAACCAAAACAAGUUCGUGAUUGGUGUAACAAGAAGCAAGAACUUUUGAAUACAGCACAUUAUGCUUUAACACUCAAUUAUAGUCAACAAGCACA